UCCUUACCUUCUUCUUCCCUCAAGAUUCAGACAGCAAGAUUCGAAACUGGAAAGCAAACUUGAGUGUUUUGUAGUAUGGACCAUGGCGUCAGGCGGCACCGCUGAGGUUCUGCUUAGCGUUUUGAAUACAGAAGAGUACAAUCUGAUUCCUGAAGAUGUUCGUGCGAAAAUUAAUUCUCACUUUGAAGAAAGAUUUGAGGAAUUCCUCACUUCAAAAGCUCUCUUCGAGUCGUCCCGAACCAAACAUGAUGAAGAAAGACAGACACUUGGGAAAGACCUGGAAGAGAGUCAGAUUGAAUUAAGAAGCCUCAAAGCUAGGUUAGCCGAAACUGAUUCAGAAUUGGACCUUUUUCGUUCCAAAGUUGAAGAGUUGAAAUCUGACCUCUCCACACUAAGAGAAUCUGUAAAGAAUUAUGAAUAUGAAAAUGGUGAUCUACGGCGUCAACGCAAUGAGGCUGUUGAUGAGAGAGACAGUCUUACGAGAAUGGUGGAAAGGAGAGACGCUGAACUGGAAAGGCUUCGUGAAGAUAUCAAAGUGCUCUCCGCCGAGUUAUCAGCUGCUAUUAAUGCUAAGUGUGAAGCUCUUGCUAAUGCGGAAGAGGUAGAAAGUAAACAAUCUGCUCUUGAUUUUAGGGAAAAGAGCUUUGAACAAGAACGUGAAUUUAUGAAAAAGAAAAUUGCUUCUUUAACUGCUGAUCUUAAUGAAACUAGUGCUGAAUUGACAAUGUCACGCCGGAAACUAGCUGCUGCUGAUGUUUCUUUCCAAAGUCAAUUGGAGGCUAAAAAUGAGGAGCUCCGAAUAGUAUUGGAGAAGGAUAAACAACUGACAGAAUCUAAUAAUGAGUUGGUCGAGAGGAUUGAAACACUUUCUGCCAAACUCAUGUCACAACGUGAAGGUGAAGCAACAAUAGUAGAUAACUAUCAACAAGAACUUCAAGCCAAAGCAAAACUUGCUGACCUGUAUCAACGAAUGAUGGAGGAUGCAAACGCAAAGAGUCAAGAAUUAGCUGAUGCCAUCCGUAGUUUGCAGCGCUUGCUAGAGGAAUCGAACAAACAAUACUCAGAUCUUAAGGCAGAGCUUAAUGAGAAAGAAUCAAAAUUAAACCAGACUCUAGAAGCCAAGAAUGCAUGUAUUGCAACUCUGAAACAGGAAUUGAAGGAUGCCAAUGAUCUGAUGAAGGCUUCCAAACUCAACACCAUCGAAAAGGCUAUUGAAGGAAUGUCUCCUGCAGCUGCCGCAGCAAGUAAACUGAUGAAAUCUGGACUGUCACUGACUCAAAUUUACACUCAGUAUGUCACUGUGUUUGAAGAAUUGACUCUUCAGAAGGAAGAAAAUCACAAGCUUAAUCUCUAUAUCAACACAAUAGUCCAAGAACUAGAAGAGAAAGCACCUAUCUUGAAGAAACAGAGAGAGAACUAUGAAAGUGCACUUGAGAGCAUUGCCUCACUUUGCAAGCAGAAUGACCAAUUGGUUGAGGAAAGUAGAGUUUUGAGAGAAGAUGCUCGCGAAGCCAAAAAACUUGCAGGCCACCAUGUACGUGAAAAUGAGCGGAUGAAGAAAGAAAUUAGUGACUUGUCGCGGCAAGUGUGUUUCUUAGUGAAGGCUGUAGAAGAAGCACGAGGUGGUGUUAUUUCAUACGAUGAUGCUGGGAACUCUUCCCUGAAUGGUUCCUUUGGAGCCAAUGAUAUUAUUUCCAAGAAACUUGUAACAUUCCGUGACAUUGAAGACUUGCAAGAAAAUAACAAAAGACUGCUGGCAUUGGUCAGAGAGUUGAGCAGCAAACAUGAGGAAUUGGAAGCCAAUCGCCCAGAAAUGGACAUGUCUGCACUCCAAGAGCGAAUAAAUGGUCUUGCUGCAGAACUUUCAGCCUCGAAGGAAAAUCUCAACCAUCAAACAGCAUUGGUAGAGCAGUUAGUCCGCCAGAGGGACUUAUACAGGGACAUGUACCAGAAGACCUUAAAGGGUGAUCCUAAUCAACAGGAAUCUCUACAAACAUCAGAAAUUAGUCCUGUACCUUCGCCAGUUAAACUUUCGCACUCAACUGUAGACGCAGGUGUGCUAGCAUCAAAGCAGAGAGCUCUAGAAGAGGCUGACAAGCGAGUGGCUUUCACUGAAAAGCAGCUUCAUGAGUUACGAACUGAGUAUGAGGAGUAUCGGAGAGAGCGACGCACCAAUGAAGACAUGCUUACAGAACAAAUUGAUAAACUUAUGUGUGAAGUGAGAGAACUAACUAAUGAUAAGCUUAAACUUACCACUCAGGCUGAGUUCCAAUCAGAGCGGUUCAAGGCACUUUUGGCAAAUGGAUCUGGGCAAAAAGCUCAAAUUGCUGCUCUUGAACAAAAAUGCAAGUCCUACAGUGAAACCAUAGCUAAACAUGAACUAUCAGUGAAGGCAUUGAUGCAGGAAUCUCUCAGUGCCCAAGCAAAGCUAUCUCGUGCUGAAGUGGAAUUGGACAGUCUGCGCCAGGAAUGCUCCCUGCUUCGCGAGUCAGAGGCAAGAUUAAAGCGCGAGAGAGAGGGGCUCCAUCGCGAAUCGUCUGGGCAGACCAUGCUCCUUGCUAAUUUGGAGUCAAUCAAGAUGACCCUUGAGCGAACUGAGACGGAGGGCCGGCUCAAGUUAGAACAGCGCCUUGAUGAAUGCACUCGCGAAUGUAUUGCUCUACGGAGAAGGCUGCAAGAGGAACAAGAAAAUUUCAAGGAAUUGUCUAGACAUUUAGAAAGGCAGACUGCUGCAGCAGUAGCCAGAGAAGAAGAGGAAAGAAAAUUGGCUCAAGAAGCUCGUCAAGAACUGACCAUGGUUAAAGAUGAACUACAAAAGAAGCAGUCUGAAGUUGAAGUUUUGGAGUCAAAGUUACGUGAAGCUUCUAGAACGCCACCAGUUGUUGUUCAAAGAAAUGAUGAGCAAUUAACUUCACGAGUGAGAGAGCUUGAGAGCAAACUUGUCUCUAGCGAAGCGGAAAUUAUAUCUUUAAAGCAGCAAGUUGAGAAUGCCCGCAAACAUUUACAGCAAUACACUGAAAUUGCUAGCAGUUCUGAGCAGCAGCUCAAUGAAUAUGUCAGAAUGCAUGAAGGUCUGAAGUCAGAUCUAGAGAAGAAGUUGACAGAAUCACAACACAAAGAAGAAAGCUUAAUUGCGGAACUUUCCAAACUUCAAACAGAAUUGUCUCGACUAAAGGCUGCAGGCAGCCAGACAUCCUCUGAUCUUCAGCUCCAAGUUAAAGAACUGGAAGAGCAAUGCAAGCAGGCAAAUGAUCUAUUGCGCCAGGCAUCACAAUCUGGUGACAAUAUUAUGAAGGAGCUUCAAGCUGUUCGGCAAGAGAGGGAUGCGUCCUUAAGGGCACAACAGGAGUCUGAGGAGAAAUAUGCCCAUGAGGUGACAUUACAUUCCAAAGAUAUCCAAACACUGUCACAUCUGAAGGAGGUCCUGUCCUCAGUCAAUGCUCAAAUAUUAGAGCUUCAGGAGGCCCGCCGCAGCUCUGAAGAAGCACUCAAUGUUGGUCGGGCUUUGUUUGAGGAUCGUGAGAAGCUCAUGAAAUCUCAAAUGGAUGAACAGCAGCAGCGUUUAAAUGAUCUAGAAAAACAGAACAGUUUAUUGCAUGAUCAAAUAGAAGCACUGGGAACUCAGCUCACUGUUCUACACGCCCAAGUGGGAUCACCUAAGAAGUCCUCUACUCCAGCAAGUGCCACUUCUACGAGUGUUAGCUCUUCAUCUGUAGAAGGUGAAGACUUCCGAGGGCCAGAACAGUUGUUGGCAGUUAUUAAGUUCCUGCGUCGUGAGAAAGAAUUAGCUGUUACUCGCAUGGAAGUUCUUAGUUCUGAAAAUAGUCGUCUGAGAGCAGAGCAUGAUAUUCUUGUGAAACAAGCACGUGAAUCUGUGGAAGCAUUGGAGCAGAUGAAGCAGCGUGAGCAGUGUGAAACAGUUACGGCUACACGGCACCAAGAACUUCUUCGCAAGGUUGAGACGCUUAAUGCUAUCACUGAUAGCAACAGGUUAUUACGUGAAGAACGAGAUACACUUAGAUCAAGAGAACAGGAGCUAGUCACCAGGUUAGGGGCUCUGGAACAGGAACUGAACCCUCUCAGAGAGAAACACAACACGCUUAGCAAUCAAGUUGAAUCUGUUCGUGCUGAGAACAAUACUUUGAAGACUGAGCUAACAAAAUGGAGGCAAAGGGUUAAUCAAUUGAUUGAGCGUGCAAAUAAAAAUAGUCCUGAAGAUUGGAAGCGUCUCACAAACGAGCGUGAAUCAUUGGCAAAGCAGUUCUCUGCUGAGAGAGAAGCUCAUGGCAAGAGCCAAGAUGAGCUGAGAAUGUUGCGACAAGAAAAGACUAAAGUGGAUGAGCAGUAUCAACUUCUAUCUCAGAGGCACAAUGCCUUGGAAGCAGAAUUCAGGAAGAAUAGUGAGACUGCUAGGAAACAUGUGGAAGAAUUAAACAGUUUACGAAGUCGUGUUGCUACCCUGGAAUCUGAGUUGCUAGAACAAAAGAAUAAUGCCAGUAAGGUUACUGAAGAGGUAAAUAAGUUGAAUGCUGAUAUAUCAGCCCGUGAAACAAGAGAACAGCAAAUACGAAAAAUUGCUAAAAAGUACAAAGCUCAAUUUGAAGAACUCAAGAAGAGCACUGAUGAAGAGCGAGUGCAAUGGGAGGCUCAGCGUGCUCAACAUGAGAAUCAAGCUGCUGCUGGCAUGCUGACGCCAGAAGCUAAAGAACAGCUCCGGGAAGAAGGAAGGCGUGAAGUGGAGCAGAAAUUGCGUGAUGCUGAGACAACGCUCACAGAACAAGUUAGAGAACUGACCAGCCAGGUGAGUUCAUCCCAAGAGGAGGCUGGUACUCUACGCAGAGAAAUAGAAAACUUCAAAAGUUCUGAAGACAGAGCUAAGACAGUUUUAAAGAAUGCUCGCAGUCGCAUCAUGCUUUUAACAGAGCAAAAAGCAGCCGUAGAGAAGCAACUGAGUGAGUCAAGACAACAGAGAGAGUCUAGAGAUGAAAGUGAGGCUAGACUGAAUGUACUAAAGUCUCAGUAUGAAGGUCGCAUUGCACGCAUGGAAAAAGAAAAGGCUGAAGCUUUGGCCGAACGCAGUAGAGAAAUUGAAAAUCUUUCUGCGAGAUUAAAUCAUCUGCAACGCAUGUUUGAGAGCCGCUCUCAAGGAUCCAGCAAACCCUCUACAUCCUCACUUGUUGAAAAGAGUAGCACAGAACCACCCACAGCUAAUAUAAAACCCAUGGCGGGGCCAUCAUCUUCAAGUGGGAAACAACAGACUCAACAGACAGUUACUGUUAUACCAUGGAGGGCAGGCAAUGAGACUCCAUUGGCCAGCAUUAGGCCAAUGUCUCAAUCACGGAUGGCAGCAGUGCAGCCGCAGCAACCCAGUGGCAGUACAGCUGUCCUGAUGCCCCUGCACCACCAGCAGGCUCAAACACAGCAACAGCCUCAGCCACCCUCUCAGCAGCAGUCCCAAACGCAGCCACCUCAACAAGCUGUUCACACGACCGGCGCUGGGUCGGGCGCUGCAAGUACUUCGAAUGGGUCUGCUGGGAGCGGUAUGGACGCCAUUACAUCCUCGGACUACAUGGCCGCCACCUCAUCUGCGUCUGCAUCGCCAGCAUCUGUUGGACCCAUCAGGCAAGUAGCUGUCCCACCAACCCAGCAAGCCACUGUUGGCCCGUCUACCAGCAGGGCAGAGGAAGCGUCUGCUGAAUCAACUCAGGAUAUGGAGGUAGAUGCACCUGAACGUCAAGAUGGUUCAUCUGCUCAGCAAGCCCGUCCAUCUGCGCAGCCAAGCCAACAACCCCAGGCUCCAAUGCAGCAAGCUCAGCAGCAAGCUCAGCAGCCGGCUGAGCAACAAGUUCAACAAGAAUUUCAACCAGCGCGACAGCUAGUGCUACAGCAUGUCCUGCAACAUGGCCGACAACAAGCGCAACAACAAGCCCAACUGCAAUCGCAGCAGCAGCCUCAACAGCAGCAACAGCCUCCGGCAUCACAGCCACUUCAGCAGCAGCAACCACCCACACUGCCACAGCAGCAACCACCACCACAGCAGCAACAACAACAGGCCCCACCCAGGGAAUCGCAGGCCGCUCCAGUACAAGCACAGAGCAGCCAGGUUCCAUCGCCCCAACCACAGCAUCCCCUUGGUCAGCAGACACCACCUCAACAAGUGGUUGACCAGGAGCAGCCUCAAACUACUCCACACCAGCAGCUCACACCCCAGACCCCACAGCAAGCACCAGCUGCACAGCAGCAACAGCCUCCACAGCAGCAGGCACAGCCUCAGCAAGCUGUUGCCAUGGUUUUGCCGCGCGAACGCGUUGAGCUACAGCAAGUUCAGCAACAAGUCCAACAGCAGGCCCAUGCAGCAAAUAAUCAGCCACAGCAACCACAGCCACAGCAGGUCCAGCAGAUGCAGCCUCCUGCAGGCCCUGCUGCUGGGCCAGCUCAGCAACAAUCCACCAUAGCUUCAGCUGUAGCUACACCUCCUGCUACGACUCCUCAUGCCCAGCAGGAGCAGUCUGUGAUAGUGGCAAGCAGCCAACAGGCCAGUAGUUCUAGCACUGUCACUACAUCCCAAUCUGGUGUGAAGCGACCCAGGGAGGUAGAGGGUGACAGUUCCACCAGCCGAGCUGUACCUGGCGAAGGAAUUAAAAUGGCGCCACAACUAAAACGUUCCCGUCUGGGUCCUGUAGUUGGAGACUCUUUCCAAGCUCCUGCAGAAAGCUCUGAAUGCAGUGGCCUUGAUGUGGAAUAUCAGGUCCCUACAUCAUCUCAACGUGAUCAGGAAGAUGAUAUUAUUGUAGUUACUUCAGAGGAGGAGGAGGAUGAUGAGGAAGAAGGUCCUGAAGACGACGAUGAUGAAGAACCUGAUGAUGGGCCUGAAUUCCAACCCGAUGAAGAUGAGGAUAAUGAAGAAGGCUAUGAAAUGGAAACAUAUGACAGGGAGGAUCGGGACCUUGCAAUGGCAAAUUAUGAUGACGUAGAAGGACCAGACAUUGAUGAUGAGACUGGUGGUGAACAAGAUAACGAAGUGGAAAUAAUUGAUGAUAGCAAUGAAGUUCCAAAUCAGCCUGGCAGCAGUAGUAGUAGCAGCGGUGGUCCUAUAGAUGCCACACCGCAUGUGGGGUCAUCAGCUUCAGGGGAACAGUUGCAAUCAGUUACAGCCACACACAUUUUACCUUUGCAACAACCAUCUCAGCAGCCCCAGUUACCUCAACAGCCGCAGCAACCUCAGGACCAACAGCAAUCAUCUUCUGAGGCAACAUCUAGUGGAGCAACUAACCAAAGUGACAAUGGUAACAGCAGUGGCAGUAGUAGCAGCAAUGGUGGACCGAGUGGAAUUAGCAAUAACCAGGUCUCUAGCCAAGGAACACCUGUGUCUCUUGGCUUUGUGCCCCGAAGCAGAACUAUUGUUCCUCCUCUGAACAGACAGCAACUCACUUUGGGCUAUGGAGAUGACGGUGGGGAUGACGGAAUCGUUCCAAGCACUCCAACUCUCUUUGUUCCUCGACGCACUGAUGGUUUUGGAGAGGCAGUUAGCUCACCUCAAGUGCCUUCGGCUGGACGUUUUACUUUCUCUGAUGCUAACCCUCCUGCUGUCAGAGCAGUGCCAUGUACCCCAACCCUCUUUGGCACAAGACGUGCAGAGGGAUAUUCCGAUGCAUUCCGAGCAAUGUCAGUCCGCCACUUCACGUUCUCAGAAGCCCCCACUCCCCCGAGUCAUACAGGUGUUGCACAAGUUGUUUGCGAAGGAAUGGAUGACACAAGAGUAGAUUUGUCCCAGCUUGAAGAUCCUGGCACUGGACGCAGUGUUCCUACCACUCCUCUGCAGGUGUCCCCUCAGGAAGACCUUACAUCAAAUGAAUUAACUGCAGAAGUUGGACAGAGCUCUGAAAAUGUAAAUGUUAAUGUUGAUGCCAGUGGAAGUGCAGCAGGUACCAGCCCGCUUCCUCCUUCCUUAGUGAUAGCAUUGGCUGAACGCCAACAGGUUGAAUGUCAGCCGCCUUCAGCACAGGAUGCUCUUGAUCUUGAGAUGGAGAACGAUCAAAGAGAGUCUGGAGGAGAUGGAGUUGAAUUGAUUGGAGAGCAGGCUGAUGAACCUGAGGAAGUCAUGGUGCUGGAUCUUGAAGAAGAAAGUGCUGAUGGCGUGAGCUCGGAGGGGUCCAAGCCGCCACAGCCCUCCCAGUCGCAGCAGGCCCUGGACCUCGAGAUGGAGGAGGGCCGUGAGGCGGAGGCGACCGAAGCGGAGGCCACAGAGCCCUCGGCCAACAGCCCGCUCGGCAGCCCCCACGGCAGCCCCCACGGCAGGGGCCAGGGCUCGGGCACGGCCAGGAGGUCUCAAACGGGCCCGCGGUUUGCCAGGAGAGGGGGCCGCGGCAACCAGCGGCCCACUCCCAUCGUUUGGAACGAGCCAGGAUCCACUUCGCCCCGAUCCGUGGGGGAUGGCUCGUCGCGUGGGGGAAGAGGAAUGCCUAUGAUGCCCAUGAUGCCAAUGAUGCCUAUGAUGCCCAUGGCGCGGGGGAUGCCGCUCGACUCCAGAGGAUUCUCCGCCCGCGGUCAGAGAGCACGGCGCGGCAGGAAACCCUACGGCGGAGGCCCGUUCAACAUGCCGUACUGAUAACUAGAGCUCAUAAAGAACUCACUGACUUGGCUGUACAUAUGAUGCAUUUUUAUUUGUAUUAAACUCAGUAUUUAGACAUCUGAGUCUUUUAAAAUGAACUAAAGGGGAAAAAAACGUAUGUAGUAUGAAGUUUUUUAAAGUCAGUGUACCAUGUUAUCACCUUUUGUUGCCAAGUUGGGUAUCAGUUGAUCUGAUAACUGAAAUCUGUGAUGGACCAUACAGUGCUUGUGUAUUUUUUAAUUUAGAAGUGAAUAAGUAUUUUGUGUAAGUGACAUUCAUCCUCAAUAAAGGUUGAAAUGGUUGGUUACAA